GUUUGUGUGUGUGUGUGUGUCUGUGUCAGUGGAUGAAGAAACAGUGUACUGUAGUAUGAAUAGAAACCGGCAUGAAGAGAUACAAACAUUCCUCCGGAUGGCUGGGGAGCCUGUCCAACCUCUCCCUCCGCCGCCCGUCCUCCCGGCGCAAGUCCGCCGCCUCACCGCAGGAUUGGAGCAGGACCUGGGCCGCUGAUGACAAGGAGGCCGGCUCCCAGCCGUGGGGCUACGCCCGCUCCGGUGCCAUCUACACCCACGUGGGAACGGUGCCUCGCAGAGACAGGCAGCAGAGCCGGAUAAACAUGGGGGAUGAGGAAGAGUGGGAGGAGGCCACGGGGGCAGACCAUGUGCGGGACUCCCCCCUGCUCACCGCUCUGUCUAGCUUAAGCCUCAACACUCUGGAGUGGCCCAGCUGUGCGCCGGCUCCAACGGACGGGUACCAAGGUGCUCCGGCUCCGCAGGACAUGUACAAAGGUGAUCCGGCUGCAUUGGACGUUUACAAAAUUACUCCGGCUCCACAGGACUUGUACGUGCACAUGGAUGCCGUAAGCGAUGCGGUUCGCACGCACAAAACCACAAAGACCUUGCAGGAAGUGGAACAGGUGAAGUGGAACAGUCCGAGUGACACGACUGAUGAGGGUGGCGAAUACGUCAAGUUCUCUAAGGACAAGAAGUUGUGGCUGGAGAAGCAGCUUCAGGAGGAACUGAAGCUGAGCGCAGCCAACCUGAAGAGUCACGCCUGGUACCACGGACCCAUCCCGGGACAGGUGUCCGAGAGCCUGGUGGUGAACCAGGGCGACUUCCUCAUCCGGGACUCCGAGUCCAGCCCAGGCGACUUUGUUCUGAUGGCCCGCUGGGACGAGAAGACCACUCACUUCCCUGUCCAGGCCUCGGUGGUGCGCUACGGGGUUCACUACAGCCUGGACCAGGAGGUGUUCGAUUCACUGCCUGCGAUGGUGCGCUUCUACACGGGCAGCAGGGCACCGCUGACCCGCCGCAGCACAGCCAGGAUUCACCGGCCGGUCAACAGGACGGUGCCACUAUGCUACCUGGAGAAAGUGUUUGGUCCGCCGCCAUGCCAGCGUACCACGAGCCAGGCAGAGGAGGUCUGCCCCAAAAGUCCCUCAUCUUUGCUCUGGCGAGACCAUCACCAACCUGAGCGUUCUUCCUCCACUGAUGACAUCAGUGACAUCACUCUUCAGUCAGUCAGAAAUUUGGAUCAUUCUCUUCCUGAACCCGACCAAGACAGCGAGCCUCCAGACUCGGAUAGCAGCUGCUACACAGAGCUCUACCCGGGCCCCCAGAGCUAUGCGAAGAGACUCCGUGCCGAGGAGGGUCCGAGAGCAGUGGACGUUUUUCUCCCUCCCGCAGUGGAGACCGUGUCGUCGUUCACGCCCACCAGUUACUGUUCGCCACUGAUGCCCGGGGAGAACAAACCCCUGGAGGUGGGCAUCCUGCAGCGGGUGAAGGAGCUCCUGGCUGGGGCGGACCCCCAGACGGCCGCCCAACACAUCACCAAGUGGGACUGCACGGUUGCUCGCAUCCUGGAGGUGCAGCCGGAGGCGCAUAGGAUGAUGGGAGUCAGCUCAGCGGUGGAGCUGCUCACACUGCCGCAUGGACAGCAGCUCAGAUUGGACCUGCUUGAGAGGCUGCACACGAUGGCCACCACGUUGGCCGUCAAUGUUUUAGGGUGCACCGGCACCAUCGAAGAGCGAGCCUGCGUUCUGGACAGAAUGAUCGGCAUUGCCGCCGAGCUCAAGAGCAACAUGGGCAACAUGUUCGGAUUCUCUGCCGUCAUGAGAGCGCUGGAGCUGCCUCAGGUGACUCGUCUGGAGCAGACGUGGACGGCAUUACGGCAGCGGCACACAGAGGACGCCGUUCUGUACGAGAAAACUCUACGGCCCUUCAUGAAGAGUCUGAACGAGGGCCGAGAAAGCUGCCCUGCGUCCGGGACCACCUUCCCUCACGUCCUGCCGCUGCUGUGUCUGCUGGAGAAGGGCGCGGCUGUGGGCGAGGGGGCUGACGAGCGUGAGGGGGGCGAGGCACGGCAGAUGGCGGAGGCCGGCGUGGACGUGGACGUGCUCAUGUUCCACUUGGCGGCCGCCAGGAGCGCCGCCCAUCUCGGUGCCGUCUACGCCGCCAACGCCCGCAACAAACUGCAAGACUUCCAGGAGCGGUCAGACAUCUCGGAGGUCUUCCGCACGGACUUCCAGAUGCGGCUGCUGUGGGGGAGCAGGGGAGCGGUGGAGAGCCAGGUGCGGCGCUAUGCCAAAUUCAACCAAGUGCUGAGCGCCUUGUCCAACAGGCUGGAGCCGCCGCUACACUGAGAAACGAAACCCUACAGCUAAGACGUGGGCCAUGUUUCCUUGGGCAUUAGCUCAAUUGGUAGUGCAUGCGCUUAGUGUUUGGGAGGCAGCGGAAUCAUUACCUGCAUUCUCCAUUUGGCUGUAGUGCUCAUGCAGCAAAGCCUAAGCUAUGUCACUGAGAGCUGUAGAUUUUGUUUCCUAAAAUUGGUUCGUUGAAAUGUUGUCAUUACAUCUUUUAAAUGUAGGGCUUUAUUCAUUAAUUUAUUAUGAAAAAAUAUUUCAAAUAAUGAAUUCAUUUAUUGUUGAUCAUACAUUUUAAAAUAGUCAAAUAAAACAUGUUUACAGUACAUACAUGGAUUGUUUUAUUUAUUUUAUUAAUCAACUGGUUACUUGAUUUGUGGUCAAUAAUAAAAAUAAAUAUUCAUAAAAUAA